AUGUUUGACUCGGACGCGGAUGCGCUGUUAUCAGGAACGCUGAGUCUCCUCGACCAGGUCGUGCUGCAGUACUGCAGGGACAAUGACAUGGACGCGGAAGAUUCACGUCGUCAUGUUACAGAGCAAAUGAUUACGUUCCUGCUACGGAAGCUGCAGCCUCAGCAGUUGUCGACCACGUACGUGGCGCCUGUGCUACAGCAACAGCUCCAAGACGACGCAGCUGUCGCCUGCAGACACCAUCAGGAACGCUGUUUGGCUGUCGCGCGUGUCGUGGAAGCUGCCGUCUACCAAAACAUUUUGUGCAACGACAACCCGCUCGUCAACUUGUUCAACUGGGACGCUUUCCAGCAGCGGCUCAGUAAUCUACGCGACGCCUUCCCUGAACCCGAGUUUAAUCAUGCACUGGCCGUCAAGGCGAACCCUUUGCGUGGCUUAUUGAGAGGUGCACGGGAAAAGGGAUUUGGUGCCGAGUGCGCUUCGAUUGCUGAAGCCAAGCACGCGCUGUCGCUGGGCUUCGAGCCGCGCAAAGUGGUGUACGACUCACCUUGCAAGACGCGAAGUGAGCUCCGUGAGAUGUUGCUGGCUGGCGUGUACAUUAACCUGGACAACGUAGAGGAGAUUUGCAAGAUGAGCGGGAUCUUUGCCGAGUUGGAGUUUUCUCUGAAAGAGAUCAAGGAGCGUCAUGCGAUGCAGAUUGGACUGCGGAUCAAUCCCCUGGUGGGCGGAGGGUCCAUUGACUCUACCAGCACGGCCACUGUUGCGAGCAAGUUUGGACUGCCGCUGACAGCAGAGACCAGGCCUCGGCUACUGGCACUGUACAAGAUGCAUCCGUGGUUAGAAGGUGUUCACGUGCACGUUGGCUCGCAGGGCUGUCCUCUGGACUUGUUGUCGCUUGGAGCGAAGAAAGCAGUGACUUUUGCGCUCGAAGUAAACAAUCAUGUCGGGAAUGAGCAGGUGCGUGUGCUCGACAUUGGUGGUGGCAUGCCUACAGUGUAUGACGGCAAAGAGCGGGAAGCUUACGAUUUCAGAGUGUACGCGAAUAUGCUGCGUCGACAAGUGCCUGAGCUGUUCACGAGCGGAUUUUCGUCCAUCAUUACAGAGUUCGGACGCAGUAUUUUUGUGAAGCCUGGAAUCACGGUGUCCAAAGUCGAGGCAGUGAAGGACUGGGUUGGUCAGCAUAUUGCUGUGGUACACGUCGGCGCCGACCAAUUCCCGCGCACAGCGUUUCUGCCGGAGCAAUGGUCCCACUGCGUCUCUGUACUAAAUAGCCAGGGACGUCUUAAGACGGAUCCUAGCAGUGUAUUCUUGCGCCAAGACAUCGCUGGUCCACUUUGCUUCUCAGGUGACUUCCUUGCCAAGCAGUUGCUGUUGCCACCUGUUCAGGUUGGGGAUUAUGUGGUUAUUCACGACACAGGAGGCUACACGAUGUCCAUGCAUUCGAAGUACAACAGCCGGCAAAUGUCGUCCAGCUUCGCCUACUCGACAAAUGAUGGUGAUGUCAAGUUUUUGUUGCUGAAAGAGCGCGAGACGGCAGAAGAAACUCUGGCUUGCUGGGGUAUUGAUCGCGAUGUGGAGUUGUAA